AUGAACGACCUCGAAAAGAAGACGGUCCGCACCAAACGCAACUUCACAUACACCUACUAUACGUCUCCUGCUGUACAGGGCAAAGCUACCAUCCUCCUACAGCACGGCUUUCCCGACUCGGCCCUCGUGUGGGAGUUCGUCAUCACCCGCUGCCUUGUGCCCGCCAAUUAUGGCAUCAUCGCUCCCGACAUGCUCGGCUAUGCUGACACCGACAAGCCCGAGGACCCUGCCCAGUACAAGAUGAGCGGGAUCGCCGCCGACCUGGUCGACAUCCUCGACGCCGAGGGGGUGCAGAAAGUCAUCUCCCUCGGCCACGACUGGGGCUCGCGCACUGCACAGGCGCUGUACAACCACUACCCGCACCGCGUCGAGGGCCUGGCCUUGUUCAACCUCACCUACAUCCCCGUGACCACCCAGCCCUUCAACCUGGAUGCGGCCAACGAGGCCUCCCUGCAGAGGUUCGGCCACGGCAUGUUCUGCUACUGGAAGCUCUUCACGGCUGACGACGGCCCGCAGCUGCUGCAGGAGAACGCGGACGUCUUGUUUGACAUACUGCACACGCCAGAGGUCUGGCAGGACCUGCUCUGCGUCGAGGGCGCCCUCCGCACAGCCAUCGAGACCCGCGGCGCCGACUUGGACCUCACACGGCGCGCGUACGCCACCGAGGAGAUGAAGCAGGCCUUUGUCGAGAGGUUCCGGCGGGACGGCUUCGAGGCGCCCGUGUGCUAUUACAAGAGCAUGGUGCUCGGUCACCAAGACGGCGACGGCAAUAUCGAGAACAACAUCGUGCGCGUGCCUGUUUUCUAUGUGGGUUACAAUGAGGAUUUCCUCUGCAAGCACGACUUGAUGAGUGACGUGAUGAGGGAUGGCUUCACACCGCGCCUGACCAUGACGAGGCUGACGGGGGGUCACUGGGGAUUUCUCGAGAACCCAUCGCGGCUUGGAGCCAUGCUGAUGGAGUGGCUGGGGUACAGGAGUUGA